AUGCCGCAAGGAAUAGCAACUACGAAUAGUGACUCAUCUUCUCUUAUGAAUACGAUGAAUGCAAAUCAGUUUAGUUUAUAUAAUCAUCAAUUGAAUGCCUAUAAAUAUCUUGUACGUAAUCAACCAGUUCCAGAGCAACAUUUAAUGGCAAUCAAACGUCAACAACAGCAACAGUAUUUUAAUCAAAUCCCUUCACAAAUGCCAAAUACUUCAAUGAUGGUGAAUAAGCCAGUAUCAUCAUUAGCUGGAGUGAGCAUGUCCGGUUCACCGUCUUAUGGAAUGCCAGUUCCAUCACCUAGUGGUAUGCAACAACCCCCAAAAACGAUGAUAAAUGGUACUGCUAAUAUAUAUAGUAAUAAUCGCAUGUCAAGUUCAACACCACAAAUGCAGCAGCCGUCUGGAGGUUAUAUAACUGGAUCUGCUCUUGGUCCUGUACAUCAUCAACAACAGUUAGCCGGCGGUUAUUAUCCAUCAUCCUCAUCUAUAAUAUCUCCACAUCAGAAUGGCAGCAGUUCUACUUAUUCAGUUCAGAUACCAACAACAACACAACCUCAACAAACUUCAACGAGUAUUGCUCAACAAAAUGAAAAUUCUUUAACAAACGGUUUACCUAAUAAUAAUAAUAAUAUAUCCUCAGUCACAAUGCCAUCGGCAUCAAAUGUUCCAGUAACAAAUAAUCAAACACCAUCGUCGCGACUGAACAAUAUGCGAAUCACACCGAUACAAAAACCAUGUGGUGUUGAUAUGCAUGAAAUUAUGCAGGAACGUGAAAUAUGUAUGCAACAUCAAAUAAUUAAUCGUAUCAGUGAAUUAGAAAAACUUUUACCAACAUUGUCAUUAGAUGAUUUACGAACGAAAGCCACUAUUGAACUAAAGGCACUGAAACUUUUAGCAUUUCAACGACAGGUCACAACAUGUAUGCGUCUUGAUUCAACAUUAGAAACUGGUACAAAUCCACGUGUAUAUAAACGAACGAAACAUUUUGGUGUACGUGAAGCGCGUGCAACGGAAAAGCUAGAAAAACAACAAAAACAAGAAAUUGAACGUAAACGUCGACAAAAACACCAAGAAUAUUUGAAUGCUGUGUUAACAAUAGCUAAGGAAUUUAAAGAAUAUCAUAAAAAUGUACAGUUGAAAGUAAGCAAAUUAAGUAAAGCAGUUCAAAGUUGGCAUCAAAAUACGGAACGCGAACAAAAGAAAGAACAAGAAAAGCGUGAACGUGAACGUAUGAGACGUUUAAUGAACGAAGAUGAAGAAGGUUAUAGAAAAUUAAUUGAUGAAAAGAAGGACAAACGUUUAGCUUAUUUAUUAUCACAAACAGAUGCUUAUAUUAUUAGUUUAACAAACCUUGUUAAGGAACAUCAAGAUGAUAUUCGAAAGAAAAAAACGGAAAAAAAAGCAAAAGUAAAACCAGUGCCAAUCAAACAAGAACCAGGCACACAAGUAAAUACUGGUACACCAUCUACGACAGCAAUAUCGACCGAAGACACAACGGAUAUACAUGUUAAAGUCGUACACACAUCAACGGGAGAAAUACGUGAGGGGUUAGACGCACCAUUAGCAUCAGAAUUAGAUUCAUGGUUAGAACAAAAUCCUGGAUGGGAUCCAGUACCGAGAGAAAAUAGCGACGAUGAAAAUGACGACGAAGAAGGAUCAUCAUCAACGACCGUCACGGCAAAUACGCUUCUACCUGCUGAUCCAACCCCAGACCAACAACAAAGUGAUAUUGUGGAAGAUGAAAAAGGGAUCAAAGAUGAUUUAACCAUAGCCAAAGCUGCACCAGAAGACGAUGAAUAUCAUUCAGCUGGAUUACAAUCUUAUUACGCUGUUGCGCAUAAAGUACGUGAACGUGUUAUAAAACAAUCAUCAUUGUUAAUUGGUGGUCAGCUGAAACCAUAUCAGAUACAAGGUUUAGAAUGGCUUGUGUCACUGUAUAAUAACAAUUUAAAUGGAAUACUUGCUGAUGAAAUGGGUCUGGGAAAGACUAUUCAAACAAUUGGUUUAAUUACAUAUCUGAUGGAAGUGAAAAAAGUGAAUGGACCAUAUCUUAUCAUUGUACCACUUUCUACACUUGCAAAUUGGGUGAAUGAAUUUACGAAAUGGGCACCAGCCGUAGUGAACAUUAUAUUCAAGGGAAAUCCAGCCAUACGAAAAGCAUUAGGUCAAUCACUUAAAACGGGAAAAUUUAACGUUUUAUUGACAACUUAUGAAUACAUUAUUAAAGAUAAAGCCAUGUUAUCUAAGAUAAAAUGGCGUUACAUGAUCAUUGACGAGGGACAUCGAAUGAAAAAUCAUCAUUGUAAACUAACACAAAUAUUAAAUACAUUUUAUUUGGCGCCACAUCGUCUUCUAUUGACGGGAACACCACUACAAAAUAAACUACCAGAAUUAUGGGCAUUAUUAAAUUUUUUGUUACCAAGCAUAUUUCGAUCAUGCACUACAUUUGAACAAUGGUUCAAUGCUCCAUUUGCCACCACUGGAGAAAAAGUAGAAUUGAAUUCUGAAGAAACGCUGCUUAUAAUAAGACGUUUACACAAAGUACUUCGUCCAUUUUUACUUCGUCGACUUAAACGUGAAGUUGAAAGUCAAUUACCAGAAAAAAUUGAAUAUGUUAUAAAAUGUGAUAUGUCAGCACUUCAACGUGUCAUGUACAAUAGUAUGCAAUCGUGUGGAAUAUUGUUAACAGACGACAAAGAUGGAAAGGGAAAAUCAAAUCCAAAAGCAUUGAUGAACACAAUCAUGCAAUUGAGAAAAAUUUGUAAUCAUCCAUUUAUGUUUGCUGAACUUGAAGAGAAAAUUAGUCAAUAUUUCAAUUAUGCAAACGGCAUGUGUAAUGGGGCUGAUUUAUAUCGUGCCUCGGGUAAAUUUGAACUUUUAGAUCGUAUACUACCAAAAUUAAAGGUAACAAAUCAUAGAGUACUAUUGUUUUGUCAAAUGACAUCGUUAAUGACAAUAAUGGAAGAUUAUUUUGCUUUUAAAAAUUUUAAAUAUUUACGACUCGACGGUCAAACAAAAUCGGAAGAACGUGGUGAUUUAUUAGCAAAAUUUAGUGAAGAAAAUUCGGAUUAUUUUAUUUUUCUUCUGUCUACACGAGCUGGAGGACUUGGUUUAAAUUUACAAACAGCUGAUACCGUUGUUAUAUUUGAUUCUGAUUGGAAUCCUCAUCAGGAUCUUCAAGCACAAGAUCGUGCACAUCGUAUUGGCCAACAAAAUGAAGUUAGAGUAUUACGUUUAAUGACAGUGAACAGUGUUGAAGAAAAAAUUUUGGCUGCUGCACGAUAUAAAUUAAAUGUUGAUGAAAAAGUUAUACAAGCUGGUAUGUUCGAUAAUAAAUCGACAGGAAAUGAACGUAAACAAUUUUUACAACAAAUAUUAACACAAGAGAACGAAGAUGCGGAUGAAGAAGAAGAUGAAGUGCCCGAUGAUGAAACAAUAAAUCAAAUGAUAGCACGAUCAGAAGAUGAAUAUAAUCUAUUUAAUAGAAUGGAUCGUGAACGUCGACAUGCUGAUGCACGAUUGGCAAAUCGUAAACCUCGUCUCAUGGAAGAAUCAGAAUUACCAGCAUGGUUAUUAAAAGAUCCAAAAGAAUUAGAAAAACAUCUUCUUGAUCAAGAGACGUUGGAUCUAGUUGGACGUGGUGCAAGACAUCGAAAAGAAGUUGAUUAUACUGAUGCAUUAACAGACAAAGAAUGGAUGAGAGCAAUUGAAGAUGGAAAUCUUGAUCAAAUAGAAGAACGAAAAAGACGUCGAAAACGACGUAUUAUAAAUGUUGAUGAUGACGAUGAUAUGAACGAUAUAAUUAAAGAAGAAAUGGAUUUGGAUAUGAGUAUAACAAAUAAUAAUAUGAGUUUAAAUACAAGUAAUAAUCCAAAUUCGAGUGGUAAAAGUAAACGUUUGGGAAAACGAAAAAUAAAAGAAAAUAAUCGAAAUAAUAAUGAACCAAUAAAUCCAAAAUUACUCAAACAAAUGAAAGUUCUACUUGAAAUUGUUAUUAAAUAUAAAGACAAUGAAGACAAUCGAAUACUUAGCCGUCCAUUUAUGCGUUUACCAACACAAAAAGAGUUACCAGAAUAUUAUGAAAUGAUUAAACAUCCAGUAGAUUUUAAUAAAAUUAAAAAAAAAUUAGGUGAAUAUCGUUAUCGUGCAUUGGAUGAACUCGAACGUGAUGUGAUGCUUUUAUGUAAAAAUGCUCAAGAAUUUAAUAUAGAAAAUUCGCCUAUUUAUGAAGAUUCAAUUAUAUUACAAUCCGUAUUUACAAAUGCACGAGAAAGACUGGAAAAAGGUGAAAUUCCUAUUAGUUCAGAUACCGAAGACGAAUCCGAUGAUGAUGAACCACUAAAAAAACGUGUAAAAAAAGAAACAACUGUGAAAAAGAAACAUCAACAUCAACCACAACAACAACAACAGCAACAACGUAGCGGAAGUGGACGAAGGAAAAAUCGAGUAAUGAGUGAUGAAGAAGAUAUAGAUGAAGCAAUUACUAACCAGUCAAUCGGUGGCGAUGAUGAUGAUGAUGAUUUCGAAGAUACACGUGGUUCAAGUUCUCGUUAUAAAUAA